AUGGCAUCGGAAGGCAGACACAACAUGAUCAAGAUUUCGUCUCUCCUCAACGCUCCACCAUCUCCGGGUAUCCUGCCUCCUUUCUCGUCAUUGAGCCCGCCUUUCACCCCUGCACCAACCAGCCAAGCAUCUUCUGUCACGGCCAGUCCUCCACCACAAGUUGCACGCUCUGGUGGAGCCUCGACAGGCUUUCGUCAGAAGAUCGCCAAGGACGCUCCGGUGUUCAAUCGUAACCCAGCCCAAGGCGAGAUCAACUAUGGUCCAUUCGAGGUCAGUGACCGAUGCGCUAUGCUCAGCAAGCGAGAGCGCCAGGAGCUGGCUGAGCAUCACCGUGGCUUCAGCAUCUUCCCCAACGGUAGCAGUGAUCAGGGUCUGAUCCGUGACUUUGUCCGUCACAUUCCUUACAACAGCGAGAAGAAGGCCUUCUCAGACAAGACUGGUCGCGAAGCGUUCGAGUGUGACCUGCCCCACGAGCCGAACAAAACCUACACUGUCAUGUGGGACUACCAGAUCGGCCUUGUACGCAUCACACCUUUCUUCAAAGCAUGCAACUACCCCAAGACGCAGCCCAACAAGGUUCUCAGCCUCAACAGCGGCCUACGAGAGCUAUCAUUCAGCAUCACUGGUGGCGCCAUCGCAGCCCAGGGCUACUGGAUGCCUUAUGGGUGCGCUCGUGCUGUCUGCGCCACCUUCUGCUGGCACCUUCGCUGGGCACUUACCCCUAUCUUUGGUCCCAGCUUCAUCAGGGACUGUCUGCCUCCGAACCAUCCUGGUUUUGCGAGAUUCACCAUCGACCCAGAUGUUGUUCGUGCAUGUGCUCGUGAGGCAGAGGGCUGGCGCACCGGUGCCGGCGCCAACCACUACAGCCUUGUCUCGGGCCACCCUACCUCUGCGCCCGCACUCCCUAUUCCUCGCUCAACACCCAUGCCCAUGCCAGAGCCCAAACGUCUUCGUGCUCGACCUACACGCCCUCGCAUUGAUACUGCCGCUCACCUCGGAAGCCCCUUCCACAGCGACGACGAGAGUGCCGCAAUCGUCACUGACACGUUACCUACGCGCCGAAACAUCCCUGACUCACCCUCGGUAUCUCCCAAGACUCGCAUCUCUCCCACAGUCCACUGGUCUGCAGUCAACGACGCUCGCGAGGAUAACAAUGGCACACCCACCCCUUGUGCCAGCCAGGUCAACACGUCCAAGCUGCCAGUAGACAUGCAAAACCUGCUCGUCACACCCAACUCUGCCACCGGACACACCAUCCCUUCUCAAGCAACUGGUGCUCGCAAGCGUCGCCGCUCGUCCAUCAUCGAACUCAUGUCUUCAUCGCCAACCACUUCGCUCACUACAUCACCUAUCACUGAUUCUGGUUCUGAUGGCGAAGACCCCGAGUACGUGGCCUCGUCAAGCGAGAAAGAGGACGAUGAGAGCGAAGGCGAAGGACCGAGCAAUCGGCCCAGAACAAGCAAGAAGAGAAAGAUCAAUGUGCCUGGCGUUGGCCACUUCGGAACCAGAGAGGUCAAUGCGGCCAAGAUGCUUCUUGCCUUGCACCAGGACGACGCUUCCAUUGGCGCUGUGUGA